AUGCUGUGGUUCCCGGUGAAGAAGAUCCGGAAGCAAUUCAAGUUGCUGCUGCUGCUGGUGCUGCUCACCUUCGCCGUGUGGUUCACCUACCUGCACAUCAACCUGGUGCGUCAAGGCAAGGCGCUGCGCUUGCACUUCGCCUACGGCCGGGAUGGUGAGCGACUGGGAGAAGAGACAGACCCUGGCAAGCGAGCAGCUGGGGCCCAUGUGCCCUCUCCUCACAGGAAGGCUGAGGACUCCAGUGAGAGCCGGGAGGAAGAGCAGAUGGUAGAAGAUCAAGGCGUUCACGGGUGGUUUUCUAAAAGGUAUAGUCAUCACAGAACUGGAAGAGCCUCAAAACCAAAUGUAACAAGCCAUGUUCUGCCUUGGAACGAGGAGUACAAAGGGAGAGCAAACUUGCAUGUAUUUGAAGAUUGGUGUGGAGGAGCUGUGGGACAUCUAAGGAAGAAUCUGCAUUUCCCCCUAUAUCCUCAUACUCGUACAACAGUAAAAAAGUUGGCUGUGUCACCCAAGUGGAAAAAUUAUGGGCUACGUAUUUUUGGCUACAUUCAUCCCUUCAAAGAUGGAGAUUUUCAGUUUUCUGUAGCUUCGGAUGAUAAUUCUGAAUUUUGGCUCAGCUCUGAUGAGACUCCAGCCAAUAUACGUCUGGUGGCGUUUGUGGGCAAGCUGGGCUCUGAGUGGACUGCUCCAGGAGAAUUCACAAAAUUUAGCUCUCAAGUCUCGAAGCCAAUCCGUGUCCUUUCCUCCAGGCGCUACUACUUUGAGCUCCUCCAUAAGCAGGACGACCGUGGAUCAGACCAUGUGGAAGUGGGUUGGCGAAUUUUCCUUCCCAGCUUCAAGUUUGAAGUCAUUGAUUCCCCUUACAUCUCACUCUAUACAGAUGAAUCCAGCCUGAAAAUGAAUGAGGUAGACCAUGUGCCUCAGUCCCUUGCUAGCCACUCUGACAGCUACCUCUGGGGGGCACAAAGGGAUGAACAUGGAGCUGAUAUGCUGAAGCCUGACCCUCGGGAUAUUUUCUUCCUCACUCCCCAGAUUGAGCCAUCCCAUGUGGAGAAUGUGCUGGUCCCCUGUGCCUACAGCCCCACAUAUGUGGUGAAGGACUUUCCUAUUGCCCGCUAUCAGGGCCUGCAAUUUGUCUACCUCUCUUUUGUUUAUCCUAAUGAUUUCACCCGGCUUACACACAUGGAGUCAGAGAACAAAUGCUUCUACAGAGAGUCUCCACUGUACCUGGAGAAAUUUGGUUUUUCUAAGUACAUGAAAAUGGAUGAAGAGGAGGAGGAUCUACACCAGAGAGCCUUCCUCUUCCUGAAUCCUGAUAAUUUCCUUGACGAGGAGGAAGAAGGUGCUGAUAGUCCUGAACCUACUAACCCUUUUCCUGAUGUCAAGAGCCCCAGUGUGUUGGAUGCCCGUGUGUUCACUGGAAUGAAGAGAAAAGAUAGGCCCUUAGCCACAAAAGAUUAUGGGAAUAAUAUGGACUAUAAUAGUUUUCAUCAGAAGCAAAAUAAGUUUAACGAAGAAGGAGACUUCACGAGGCAACCUGUCUCCGUAGGCCCAAGCAGUGAACCUAGCUUGAGUCCUCAGACUCCAUCUAAGGGCUUCCAGGCUUAUGAGAAUGCAGCACCCUUUGGAGAACAUGUCAACAUCAACGGCCGAUCUCUCAACUGGGCACAAGAUGUGGAGAAGGAAAGGAAGGAAGUUGAUCAGGGACUACUGCGGUCUUCAAAAAAAGGCAGCUCUUUCAGCCUCCAACCUCACCUUUCUGUGCCCUUCUUUGUUGGAAAGGCCAAGCAGCAGAGUCCUAAAGAAGAGAAACAAUCCAAGAAAGAGACAAGCAAACCUCCAGAGAAAGUAUACGUGACCAGGCUACAGCCCAAUAAGAAGAAGGCCCCAUCACAGAAGGAUGUCUUCCCUGGAGUCUUCCUCUAUCCUAGAUCGCCAAGGAAGGUGCGAUGGAACUCCAGGAUCCCUCAGGGUCGCCCUGCUCCCUCCAACAAACUUCAUUCUCCCUCUGCCCAUAGAACAUCUUUGCUUGUUGGUAAUGCCACUAGGGAAGCAGAUCUUUCUAAAAGGAAAGGGCUACGAGCCAGCCGGAAAUGGGAACAAUUUUAUGGUAGGCAACCUUUUAAAGGCAGUAUUAAGCGGCAGGUGCGUCCAAGUGCCUCAGUCUUGCCUGCAGAAGGGCUGUUCAGCAAAGAAAACUUUGAGGUCACCACUCCAGCAAGGACUAUGUUAGAUUUCAAUUCUUCAGAGGUAGCGCUGUCUGAAGGGAUGCAAGUGACAUCUUUCCUCCAGAUAUCAGAAAUGACAGAAUCUCAGCAGAAGGGCUUGAAGGCCCAGGAGGAAGAAGUGGAAGAGGAAGUGUCUGAUUAUAGCUAUGAAAAUUCUGAGCUACAGCAGAGCUGGCUAGAGGACUCCAUCAAUUGGCAAAGGACGUUUAGUGUCAGCCCUGUUGACUUUGAAUUGCUCCGCUCAGACUGGAAUGAUCUGAGGUGCAACGUUUCGGGAAACUUGCAGCUGAGUGAGAGCGAGGUGGUGGAUGUGGUGGCUCAGUAUAUGGAGAAACUCAAUGAGAAGAAUGGCGGCAUCUACACUCUCUUGCGAAUCAUUAAUGUUGAGAAGCGGCGAGACACGGCCCGAGGCAACCGCUAUCUGGUGGAGUUAGAGCUGAUGGAGAGGGGUCAGAGAACAGUCCGGCUCUCGGAAUACAUCUAUGUCCUGCUCCACCAGGGCAAGUUAGAGGACAGCACUGAAGUCAACCCUGAAGGGCCUGCAACAGUAGCCACUGAAUCUCAACCACCACCUAGUGCCUGGAGUCUUCUGUAUGGAAAACCCAUCCUCUGCCGACCUUUGCGGCUCAGCUGGAGGCAUGAUGUUAUGGUACAUUUUGUUGUCCCAGUGAAGAACCAAGCACGCUGGAUACAGCAGUUCAUCUCAGAUAUGGCCAGCCUAUUUCUGAACACCAAGGAUGCCAACUUCAAUAUCAUAUUGGUGGAUUUUGAUAGUGAUGACAUGAAUGUGGAGAAAGCACUUCAGGAGGCUCACCUGCCCAGGUACCAAUAUUUGAAACGUACAGGGAACUUUGAGCGCUCUGCAGGAUUACAGGCUGGGGUGGAUGCCAUAGAGGAUGGCAGCAGUAUUGUAUUCCUUUGUGACCUGCACAUUCACUUUCCCCUCAAUAUUCUGGACAGCAUCCGGAAACACUGUGUGGAGGGAAAGCUGGCCUAUGCACCCAUUGUCAUGAGACUGGGCUGUGGGAGCUCUCCACGAGAACCCAACGGCUACUGGGAAGUAAAUGGCUUUGGCCUCUUUGGGAUCUAUAAGUCUGACUUUGAUCGUAUUGGAGGGAUGAACACAGAAGAGUUUCGGGACCGCUGGGGCGGGGAAGACUGGGAGCUGUUGGACAGGGUGCUUCAAAGUGGGUUAGAGGUAGAACGUUUGCGACUCAGGAACUUUUACCAUUACUACCAUUCCAAACGUGGCAUGUGGAAUUCACACAGCAAGAAGACACCCAAAGACUAA